CAUCUUCUCCGAGCCGCAGAUGGGAAGACGGAUUCUUAGACCAGGCUUGCGAAUGCCCAGCAGCCAUCGUUUAACUGAUCCCGCAGAGCAGUUACGAUUUGUCACCCGACCCUCCCGGAUCGCCUUAUUUGUCCCUAGUGAGACCCCGGGGCUCUGGUCGUGCCGGGCUUCCCAGUAGCUGGAUGUAUGUCGUGCUCCGGGCGGCGCGGGCGCAGGGCACGCGUUCGCGCACACCCGCGUACACACGAAAACGCACAAGAGCUGAACUGAGCUGGGUUUCCAUUUCAAAAAAGGAGACAGCCUCUGCUGGGAUUGUAGAAGAUACCGCGGUGUGAAUUAGGGACUGGGAGGCGUCGAGCAGCGGAACGGUCCAUUUAAGAGACUAAUUUUCUGGAGUUUCUGCCCCUGCUCUGCGUCAGCCCUCACGUCACUUCGCCAGCAGUAGCAGAGGCGGCGGCGGCGGCGGCGGCUCCCGGAAUUGGGUUGGAGCAGGAGCCUCGUUCGCUCCUUCGCUCGCGCUCUCCGCGCUCAGUGCCCAGCGGCAGGAGGAGCCUGGACCCAGGCGCCGCCGGCGGGGCGGUAGGCGCCGGAGCCUGGCCCCGAGGUGCGUCCGGGAUCUCAGUGCACGUCUAGCAAGGAGCCUGCUCCCCAGAGAGUACCGGGAGCGCCGCCGGCCGGUGCCCGGCGCGCCGGGCCAUGCUGCGGCGCCCGCGGCGGAGCUGCGAGCGCCAGUAGCGCCCCCCUGUGAAGCAGCCGGAGAUGCCCCGGGCACUGUGAACGGUGCUGCCCUUCAGGGCAUACUCAGCCCGGGACACUCUCGACUCUGCGGGCCCGCGACCAACAUCGAGUAGAGAGAGCGGCGAGCGCGGCAAAGACCGCCCAGCACCGGCAGAGGAGACCGGCCGGUGCAGCACAGGGACACCUACUCGGUUUGACUCCAGCUGGCACUGGCGGCUCGGGAUGUCGACCUGGACAAGGUGGCAUGGACCCGCAAUGGCCCGGCUCUGGGGCUUCUGCUGGCUGGUUGUGGGCUACUGGAGGGCCGCUCUCGCCUGUCCCACGUCCUGCCGAUGCAGCACUUCUAGGAUCUGGUGCAGCGACCCUACUCCUGGCAUUGUGGCAUUUCCGAGAUUGGAGCCUAACAGUGCAGACCCCGAGAACAUCACCGAAAUUUACAUUGCAAAUCAGAAAAGGUUAGAAAUCAUCAACGAAGAUGAUGUUGAAGCUUAUGCGGGACUGAAAAAUCUGACAAUUGUGGAUUCCGGAUUAAAAUUUGUGGCUCAUAAAGCAUUUCUGAAAAACGGCAACUUACAGCACAUCAAUUUUACCCGAAAUAAACUGACAAGUUUGUCUAGGAAACAUUUUCGUCACCUUGACUUGUCUGAGCUGAUCUUGGUGGGCAAUCCAUUCAUGUGCUCCUGUGAUAUUAUGUGGAUCAAGACUUUUCAGGAGACUAAAUCCAGUCCAGAAACUCAGGAUCUGUACUGCCUAAAUGAAAGCAGCAAGAAUAUCCCCCUGGCAAACCUGCAGAUACCCAAUUGUGGUUUGCCUUCAGCAAAUUUGGCUGCACCUAACCUCACUGUGGAGGAAGGAAAGUCUAUCACGUUAUCUUGUACUGUUGCGGGCGAUCCAGUUCCGAAUUUGUACUGGGAUGUCGGUAAUCUGGUUUCCAAACAUAUGAAUGAAACAAGCCACACACAGGGCUCCUUAAGGAUAACUAACAUUUCAUCUGAUGACAGUGGAAAGCAAAUCUCUUGUGUGGCAGAAAAUCUUGUAGGAGAAGAUCAAGAUUCUGUGAACCUCACUGUGCAUUUUGCUCCAACUAUCACAUUUCUCGAAUCUCCAACCUCAGACCACCACUGGUGCAUUCCAUUCACUGUGAAAGGCAACCCCAAACCAGCGCUUCAGUGGUUCUAUAACGGGGCAAUACUGAAUGAGUCCAAAUACAUCUGUACUAAAAUCCAUGUUACAAAUCACACGGAGUACCAUGGCUGCCUCCAGCUGGAUAAUCCCACUCACAUGAACAAUGGGGACUACAAGCUAGUAGCCAAGAACGAGUAUGGGAAAGAUGAGAAGCAGAUUUCUGCUCACUUCAUGGGCUGGCCUGGAAUUGAUGGUGGUGCAGACCCAAAUUAUCCUGAGGUAAUUUAUGAAGAUUAUGGGACUGCAGCAAAUGACAUCGGGGACACCACGAACAGAAGUAAUGAAAUUCCUUCCACAGAUGUUGCAGACAAAAGCGGUCGGGAGCAUCUCUCGGUCUAUGCUGUGGUGGUGAUCGCGUCUGUAGUGGGAUUUUGUCUGCUGGUAAUGCUGUUCCUGCUGAAGUUGGCAAGACACUCCAAGUUUGGCAUGAAAGAUUUCUCAUGGUUUGGAUUUGGGAAAGUAAAAUCAAGACAAGGUGUUGGCCCAGCUUCAGUUAUCAGCAACGAUGAUGACUCUGCCAGUCCACUUCACCACAUCUCCAAUGGGAGUAACACCCCAUCAUCUUCAGAAGGCGGCCCUGAUGCCGUCAUUAUUGGAAUGACCAAGAUCCCUGUCAUUGAAAAUCCCCAGUACUUUGGCAUCACCAACAGUCAGCUAAAGCCAGACACAUUUGUUCAGCACAUCAAGCGACAUAACAUUGUUCUGAAAAGGGAGCUAGGCGAAGGAGCCUUUGGAAAAGUUUUCCUAGCUGAAUGCUAUAACCUCUGUCCUGAACAGGACAAGAUCUUGGUGGCAGUGAAGACGCUGAAGGAUGCUAGUGACAACGCUCGCAAGGACUUCCACCGUGAGGCCGAGCUGCUGACCAACCUCCAGCAUGAGCACAUUGUCAAGUUCUACGGUGUCUGUGUGGAGGGUGACCCGCUCAUCAUGGUCUUCGAGUACAUGAAGCACGGGGACCUCAACAAGUUCCUCAGGGCACACGGACCUGACGCUGUGCUGAUGGCUGAAGGCAACCCGCCGACGGAGCUGACGCAGUCGCAGAUGCUACACAUCGCCCAGCAAAUCGCAGCGGGCAUGGUCUACCUGGCGUCUCAGCACUUCGUGCACCGAGACCUGGCCACCCGGAACUGCCUGGUCGGCGAGAACCUCCUGGUGAAAAUCGGGGACUUUGGCAUGUCCCGGGACGUGUACAGCACUGACUACUACAGGGUUGGGGGCCACACGAUGCUGCCCAUUCGCUGGAUGCCUCCGGAGAGCAUCAUGUACAGGAAGUUCACCACAGAAAGUGACGUUUGGAGCUUGGGGGUCGUGUUGUGGGAAAUCUUCACAUAUGGAAAACAGCCCUGGUACCAGCUGUCCAACAAUGAGGUGAUAGAGUGCAUCACUCAGGGCCGAGUCUUGCAGCGACCUCGAACAUGCCCCCAGGAAGUCUACGAGUUGAUGCUGGGGUGCUGGCAGCGAGAGCCCCACAUGAGGAAGAACAUCAAGGGCAUCUACACCCUCCUUCAGAACUUGGCCAAGGCAUCUCCGGUCUAUCUGGAUAUUCUAGGCUAGGGCCCUUUCCCGCAGACCAAUCCUACCCAAAGCACCUCCUCAGAUGGGCCAAGAGGGUGAACGUCUUUUAACUGCUGCUGGAUACCAUCAAUCUGCUGUUCUCUACUCUGACAGUAUUAACAACAAAGACACCAAGAAGCUUUCAGAGGGAAGCAAUGUGUACUUCUCCAUCCGUAGACACAGUAUGGACUUCUUUUUGGCAUUAUCUCUUUCUCUCUUUCCAUCUCCCCUGGUUCGUUCUCUAGUUUUUGUUCUGUUUUUUAUUUGUUCCUUUUUUUGUCUUCCCUGCUUCACAGUUCUUACCCUUUCUUUUUAAUCGAUCUGGCUUCUGCAUUACUCUUAACUCUGCAUAGACAAAGGCCUUAACAAACCUAAUUUGUUAUAUCAGCAGACACUCCAGUUUGCCCACCACGACUAACAAUGCCUUGUUGUAUUCCUGCCUUUGAUGUGGAUGAAAAAAAGGGAAAACAAAUAUUUGACUUAAACUUUGUCACUUCUGCUGUACAGACAUCGAGAGUUUCUAUGGAUUCACUUCUAUUUAUUUAUUAUUAUUACUGUUCUUAUUGUUUUUGGAUGGCUUAAGCCUGUGUAAGAAAAAUGAAAACUUGUGUUCAAUCUGGGAAGCCCUUUAAUUUGGGAGAUUAAAACCAGAGAGAAAGAAGAUUUACUAUAAACCACAAUAUGGGAGGAACAAAGGCAACCAUUGGGAUCAGCUGGCGUCAGUCCCUGCUUAGGAAAAACCCAGCAACUGUUAGCUGGGAGGAAUGUAUUUGGCACCUUCCCUUGAGGACCGUUCUGAGGAGUAAAAAGACUGUUGAACUCUGUGGCAUGGACUUUUCAUUUCCCAUCACCAGAAACUCUAGAGUAUAGUAGAGAGAAAAAAAUGGCUUCCGUGAGACACAAGAUGGUACAUCACAUGCUCAAACAGUCUUGUCUUUGUAGGUCAUGGUAAUAGCACUGGUAUGUUCUCCAAGUGUUAUCCAAUGAUCCUUUGUCAAGUUCUGUUGAAAAUAGGUGGAUUCUUGUCCAGAGAUCAUUUCAGGGUUGGGUAGGAAAGCCAAGGACUUGGAAAAGAUAGGACAAGCUAUACAUUUGGAGGCAAGCUUCUCUUAUAUUGAACUUCUCAGAUAGCUCUACCCUCCAACCCCUACCCGCCACCCACCUGUCCUUCUAACUGUGCAAGCAAAAUUGUGCAUGGUCUUCGUCGAUUAAUAUCUUUUGUGCAGAAACUACUGCUCCAGACGUUGUGCCCCUGAUAUGUAGAACAGAUUUAUAAAAGGCAUAACUUAUAUAAUUAGGGAAAGCUAAUGGAGUUCAUUAGCCAAGUAUAAAUGUCUCUGGGCUGUAAGGUGGUGAUGGGUUUUAACAAAUAUGGACACUGAAGCCUGGAUGUCCUUAUGCACGUCAACCCCACUGUGAAACUGUGGGACUGUGGGAAAGGCAAAGUCAGUCCCUGAGGGAAGGAAACCUCAUCUCUGGGGAUAUCUUAUGCAUUGAUGUUCAGUGUACACAGGCCAAGUCCUUGCUGUGGGCUCUGGUUGGGAGAGUGGUUUCAUUCCAAGUGUACUCCACUGUCAGCGUGCUGUUUUGUUUUCUUCACUCCAUUAAAAGAAGUAAAAUUAAAAAUUAGGCACAGCAUGCCAAUGGAAAGCUAUGCCCAGACCAAGCUUUGGAGGUGUGCUUCUGGGCACAGUCACAGGUUUUGUGAAAUGAAGUUGUAAAUUUAAAUAAAAAUUUACAGUUAUUUGGAUGAUCAGGUAUACCAAGGAAGAAAAAUACUUCUGUUCCUCAAGAAAACUUGCUACCCUCUGUGAGGGGAAUUUUGCUAACUUGAUAUCUUUAUAACACAAGCCAGAUUGAAAGGGAAUAAUUUUAAUUCAUCCUAAGUCAUUUUAUUUCACAUUUGUUUCUGAAGGUGCAAUUGUUCUGUUUAGGUUUUGCUUGUGCCCUUAAUCACUGGAACACCUUAUUUUCCAUUAUAGGGUUUGAAAGCCAGUUCUCAAAAAAAAAAAUAAAAAACAAAACAAAAAUAUCAAUUAACAGAGAACAAAAGGAAAUCCAUUAGCAUCUGCAGCGAAGUGAAGUGGGCCAAGACAAAUAAGACAAACAUUACUGUCCCUUCAAGUUCUGCACUGGCCAAUGAGAAAUGGGAGUUGAGUUGAUUGUUCUCUUUGUCAGUGAAAAAAAAAAACAACCCUCCAGAAUACAUAUAAUAAUAUAAUGAAAGCCAUAUCUCCAUGAUAUAUACCUGCAUGUAUAUAUCCUAUUAAGGACCCAUGGUACUGUUAAAACACUGUGGCACUCUGUGAAGCAGUAAAAAGGGGCAGAUUUGUACAACAUUUUUCUAGAUUCCAUCAGCGAUGACCUGAAAACCUACGCAGGUUUGCCUUUCAGCGUGACUGGCUGGCUGCUCUGGGGGAAGACGCUGCAACUUACUUGUUUUACUUUAACAGAGGGCAAAGGAGUCAGUGCUUUAAAGGAUCACAUCUGAGGAGGGCUGUGAAGUUUUAGAGCAAGGAUUUGUUUAAGGCGAAUGAGAAGAUGGGAGCAUUCCAUUCCAUUCCAGUGUUGUUUUCCUCUGGAGGAAAAAAGCAAAAAAAUAAAAACAAAAGCUAACAAAAAAAAACUCUCCUUACCUUUUGACAAGUCCCUCAAGGUCUUGAAAUGAAAGGUCCUAUGCAAGUGCAAAGAUUUAUAGUUAUUUAUAUUGCUGAUUAUUAUUUUUCUUCUGUUGUCUCAAGAGUAUGUACUGAUUUCAACAAUGUCUUGCAUUGAAAGAAUACCAGAUUGCUUUUAUAGUAGUUGACUGAACCACAGAGUAUCUUCAAAUGCCCCACAUUGGUCCUCCACAAUCUCUUCUUGUGCUGUUCUCAUUUUUAGAAAAGGAGCAACCUCACUCUAAAACAUGAUGAUCACAGAAUACGGCCUGCCAUCAGAUUCAGUACAAAGUCCAAUAGUGGUGACAGUCAUAAUUCUCUAGCCCAGACUCUGGCAAUCAUUUUCAUGAACAAGUUGUGUCAUAGUUUUCCAAGCAAUUUUUACAGAUGUUAGCAAAUUAUUCUCGUUUUUUUUAAUAGGCUAGGAAAUUGAGACUUGGGGAAGUUAAUGGCAUGCUAGAAAUCUCCAGGCUAGCUUCUGACACCACUGGGACUAAAUCUAAAUGUUCUGACUCUGAAGUUCAUGAUUCAGUCCGCUAGACACUCCAAUCCAGGGAGGAAAAAUGCUAACAAGUUCAUGAAGCAGGAUAUGAAGUUAGAACAAAAUGAAGCACAUGAGAUGACAAGAAGCUGAGAUAUCGUGACAUAUAACUAUGCUCAUAGCUUCAGCUAAAUCCUUGUACACUGAACUAAUGUCAUAAUCAGGCUUAUUUAGACAAUAUUUUGAACUACGCUAUAAAGGAUUAUAUCAGAAUUCAUAUUACACUGUGUUCACAUCAACACUUCCUGUGGUAUGUUUAUGUAUUUAUAUGUUAUAAAUACUUGAUUUAUACAUAUACAUAAACACAUACAUAAUGUGUUUGUGUGCCUAUGUAUAAAUUUAUAGGCAUACAAUGAUAGAGAUAAUUAUAAGUAGGGUGCAGUAUGAAUAAUUUGCUUAAAAUCUGCUAAAUAACCAAAACUUUUGACAUCAUUUGCCAUUAGUGUUUCCAUUCCCCAUGUGGAUAGGAAUACACUGCACUUCUCAAUUCUGUGCAGUACUAGAUGGGUGGAAGACCUAGUUAAGAUAUUGUGCUUCCCAAAACAACUGACUCAAAGCCAUCCCACCAUACUGAGUCCUUUCUCUGGCUCCUUGCAAAGGAAAAUGUGAACUGAAUUAGAUCUCCUUAUGUAAAGGUCCAGGAAGUGAAAAAUAGAUAUUUUUUUCUUUUUUUUUUUUUUUUGCACAUUUGUAUUAUGCUUAUCUUGUUCCACUAUGACUCCUUUAUACCUGUGUUUAGAGUUCAAGCAUUCCAGAGGACAGCAGGAAGGUUGAGAGCCCGGUGUCUCAAAGGCCAAUGGGGAUAAUUCUGAGACCCCACAGUGAGGUGAGCAACUCUGAGGAAUUCCCACACCCAAGUGGGAAUGCAAGCAACAACAAUGUACAAAGCUGUCCUUUUCAAAGAGCCAUGACAAAAGGAGCCCCUGGUCAGAAAUAGACCUUUUAUCUCUUUCCUUUUGCAAACUGGACUUUCUACGAUGCCAACAGCAUUAAAUUGUAUCUCUAAUUAGUUAAAUGACUGCAUAUACACACCACCAAUUCUCUCUCUCUCUCUUUUUUUCCUUCAAAUGGAGGACUUUUAUUUCCAAUAUUGAGCUUUGGUUUGGCCCUCUAUCACUGUUACACAAAAUUUCAUGAGAGGGAUGGCUGGUGAUCCAACUCCUUAGAUGGCUAAAUGAGCAUUUAAAGCAAUUUCUACACAAUGCAUCGUUGUGGAAUGCAGAGACACCAAGGUUGUGAUACCAAAUGUUAUUCUAAAGAGUUAGAGGUGGGCAGGAUUUGCAGUUAAAUGUGACAACAACAAUGAGCAUUUCCUUGUUGUUAAGGCAGGAAUGAAUCACUACUUCUUGAGUCAAAGGUUAUUCAAUAUCUUUAGGUUUUGAAUUUUGUCCCUUUCUCUUCCCUUUACAUUCAUGUAUCUAUCUAUCUAUCUAUCUAUCUAUUUAUUUAUUUAUUUAUUUAUUUAUUUCAUUUAUCACAAACACAAAGCAAAGCAAAAAAAAAAUUAUGUGUAUACAUGUUGCAGGCAAAACACUGUGAAUUUCACAACAGCAACCAAGCAACUAUUUUGCCAUCUUACCAUACAUCUCAGGAGAUGAAAUGGGAAAACAUGGGAUGUCAUUUUUUUAGUCUAUGCAUUCUAGGCCAGGUCCGUGUUUGUUUUAUUUCUUUGGUCUGUGCAUUCAUAAAAAUGAUCUUGAGUGAAGGUUGGCUGAACGUGGAACAUGCCAGAGCAAGCAUCAUAAAAGUUGCUAAUACUCAUGUGUUUGAACUGGAAAAUAAAAAAUGGAGAACAUAAAAUGAAAUGUAAAGGCCUACAUCUUGCAGCUUGUAUAUCUUACUAUUGCUUUAAAAAUGUAUAAAACUGCUGGAAAUGUUUUAAAUACAAGGUCUUUGAAUCAAAUGUGGAUUUCAAUAUGUCAUCUCUUGACAAAUGACCAAAUUAUGGUAAAAUAUUGCUCCCUGCCGUUGAUCAUUAUCUGUCACUUACAAAUCUGCCAAGAGAUGUGGACACUCUCUGCAUUUGCUUCUGUACAUGGAGAGAUGUUUGUAUAUAUCCAGGCCAUACACACACACGCACACACAUACACACACAGUUUAAUAUCUCUGAAGAUAUAUUGCCCCUUAAAUUGUGACCUGGUAUUUGGAACUCUUUCUUUGCUUUAUUUUCUUUUAAUGUGACGUCUCUGUGCUGAUACUUACUGGUUCCUGUUUUGCAAUCUGUUUUGAGGUCCAUUGCUUUACUAAGACCCACUGCAUCUUGGCUGAUUUCAAAGUGACACCAGAAUAUCAGUGUUUAAAAAUAAAAAAGUUUUGUUUGUAAAUCAUGUGACCAGCUUCUC